GAUUUUUUUUUUUUUAAAUAAAUUGUAGUUUCUUGUUGUAAGUCAGUUGGUGCAUGAUGUUUGCCUGAACUGUUGGUACAUCUGGGCCUUACUGCAGAACCCUGCCCUCCUUUGUUGACUGAGGCAAGCUCCCUCCCUGCCCAGGGUUUUCAUUGUUGAUCAAAAUUAACACCAGGUGGUGAAUAGAGCCCCUCCUAAGGUUGCUCAGGAUAAAUCAUUUAUUAAAUAGGUCUGCUUGUCAGGAGGGUGUGAAGGCGCCCAGGAGGAAAUGCUGCACCUGGGCCUGGGAGCCAGGGGCCUGUAAGUCCUGGGGUUGAUUUCUUCACUGAAGUUGCACCCUACAAAGGGAAUAUGGCCAAAGCAGCACUCAACUGAAGGAUGAUAUCAGGCAAUUAGAAAGCCAUGCGCUCUGCGUUUGUCUGGAAUGGAUUGUAGAGAAAUGGACUUAUAUGAGGACUACCAAUCCCCGUUUGAUUUUGAUGCAGGAGUGAACAAAAGCUACCUCUACUUGUCUCCUAGUGGAAAUUCAUCUCCACCUGGAUCACCUACUCUUCAGAAAUAUGGUCUGCUGAGAACAGACGCAGUCCCUGAGGAAGGAGAAGAUGUUGCUGCCACGAUCAGUGCCACAGAGACCCUAUCAGAAGAGGAGCGGGAAGAACUAAGAAGAGAACUUGCAAAGGUAGAAGAAGAAAUCCAGACCCUGUCUCAAGUGUUAGCAGCAAAAGAGAAGCAUCUAGCAGAGAUCAAGCGGAAACUUGGAAUCAAUUCACUACAGGAGCUAAAACAGAACAUUGCCAAAGGGUGGCAAGACGUGACAGCAACAUCUGCUUACAAGAAGACAUCUGAAACCUUGUCCCAGGCUGGACAGAAGGCCUCAGCUGCUUUUUCUUCUGUUGGCUCAGUCAUCACCAAAAAGCUGGAAGACGUAAAAUUGCAAGCCUUUUCACAUUCCUUUAGUAUACGCUCCAUUCAGCAUUCAAUUAGCAUGCCUGCUAUGAGAAACUCCCCAACUUUCAAAUCAUUUGAAGAAAAGGUUGAAAACUUAAAGUCUAAAGUAGGGGGAACCAAGCCUGCUGGUGGUGAUUUUGGAGAAGUCUUGAAUUCGGCUGCAAAUGCUAGUGCCACCACCACGGAGCCUCUUCCAGAACAGACACAGGAGAGCCUGUGAGAUUCCUACCUUUGUUCUGCUAACCACUGCCAGAUGCUGCAAGCAAGAUCCAAGCACAUCUUGUCAACAUGCAUUGCCAUGAAUUUCUACCAGAUGUGCUUUUAUUUAGCUUUACAUAUUCCUUUGACCAAAUAGUUUGUGGGUUAAACAAAAUGAAAAUAUCUUCACCUCUAUUCUUGGGAAACACACCCUUUAGCGUAUAUUUACGUUCCUUUAUUUAGGAAAUACCAUUAUAAAAACAAUUAUAGUACCUGGGACACUCACUAGAAUGAUCUAAGAUGCUGCAGAUUGUCAUAGUUGUUUUCCUGCUUUACAAAAUUGCUCUAGAUCUGGGAUGCCAGUUUGGCCUUUGUCUUCUAUAAUAUUUCCUUUUUUCCUUCUUUGAAUCUCUGCGUAUUUGAUUCUUAACUAAAAUUGUUUUCUUAAAUAUUCUGAAUCCCGGUAAUUAAAAGUUUGGGUUUAUUUUCUUUACUCCAAGGGAAGAACUAGCAGCUACAAAAAAUAUUUUGGAAUAAGCACUGUUUUGGUAUAAGGUACAUAUUUUGGUUGAAGAUACCAGACUGAAGUAAACAGCUGUAUAUCCAAUUUAUUAUAGUUUUCUAAGUAACAAUAUGUAAUCAGACUUCUAGGUGACUUGACAGUGGAACUUCGUACUCCUUAUUUAUGACCAUUUGUGACAGUAACCAUUUCGGUGUAUUGUAUAUUAUACCACUCAUAUCAACUUAUUUUUUACCAGGUUAAAAUUUUAAUUUCUUCAAAAUAACAUUCUGAAUCAAGCAUACUGUAUGAUCAGUAGGUUGAACUAUGAACACUCUCAUCAAUGUUCGGUUCGAAGCCUGAAGGUUUAGAUCUAGAAGCUUGUAAAAAUGACAAUAUCAAUCACAUUAGGGAAACCAUUGUUGUCUUCAUUUAAUCCAUUUAGCACUAUAUAAAAUAAGCACACCAAGUUAUAUGACUAAUAUAACUUGAAAAUUUUUUAUACGGAGGGGUUGGUAAUAACUCUUGAGGAUGUAAUGCAUUAAUAAAAAUCAACUCUUCAUUUUCUACUUAUUUGUUUUCAAUGUGUUGGAAAUUGUAAAAUGAUAGCGUAGAACCCGUCCCCUACUUUGAAAACUGAAUGUCAGGGCUGAGUGAAUCAAAGUCUCUAGACAUAUUUGCAUAGAGGCCAAGGUAUUCCAGUCUAAUAACUACUUAUUCAACAUUACCAUCUUUUCCUUAUACUGUAUAUGUUUAUGGCCUACAAUGUUAUAUUUGUUAUUUAUUAAGUUGUGAUUGUUUUAUUGUUGUUUAUGCCAAAUGUUAAUUGCCAAGCUUGGAGUGACCUAAAGCAUUUUUUGAAAGCAUGGCUAGAUUUACUUCAGUAUAAAUUACCUUAUGAAAACCAAAUUUUAAAAGCCACAAGUGUUGAUUGUUAUAAAAUAACAUGCUGUCAUUCUUGAUUGCUAGAGCUUUUGUUAGUACUUUGGAUGCAAUUAAAACUAUGUGCUAUCACAUGUGAAAAGCUUAAUAAAUUCUGUCUAUCAGUAGUAUAGGUCUCAAUAUUUAUUAUGAGACCAGUGGUCUGGAAACAGCUUGUUGUAUUACAGAAUCAACUGGAUUCUACACUUAAAAAUAAAAAAAAAAAAAAAAAAAGAUUUAAAAAAAAAAAUCCCCUUUAAAAUUUUUUUUAAUGGUAUCAUAUUAACAUAUUCUAAGUAAGGGCUUUAAGGCACAGGCUGUUGAAGCAUUAUCUCAGAGAAGUGAAUCUGCAGAAGUCUGUCUUUCUGUAGAAAUAUUGUGCUUACUCAACAUUAACUGUUAAAUUAUUUUUUCUACCAGUCUUUUUUUUUAAAUUCAAACAUAUUCUUUUGAUCACAUUGUUUCUUGAGCAUUCUAUCCUGUUACUAAUUUUUCAGCAAGCAAAAUGGAGUAAAGUGGCAAUUUCUUUAGUUGAGUAAAAUACCCUCAAGUCUCUUUUCUGCCCAAACAGGGAAAAGUGAGAAAUGGGAGUGGGAAGGCGGGUGAGUGGAUGAAGGUGAGUACUGGGGAUGGCUGUGAAAGAAGAUAUUUGAGAAGACUGUCACUUUUCUAGACAUCUUCCUAUGCUUAAUCUAAAAAACAAAAAAUCUACUGUAAAGUACUCUGCCCCUUAAAAGAAGUAUUAAAAGGAGUGAGGAUGGAUUUAGGAAAAAAAUAAGAAUUUAGAAAUACUCAAAAAGGUUGUUGUGGCAGAUUCAAUAUUAUGAAUUCAGACACUUAGGGAAUGAGAAACAUAGUAAUUAGUAGAAUACGAGAAAGAGUUCCUGGUUCCUCUCUCAUGUUUGACACUGUAAGAAAAUAGCAAGAGAAUGAAAUCUCAGAUACUUAUGAACUCUCACAGAUGUAAGGGCUCAAAUGUAGAAGAAAAUAUCCCCCUCUUACAAAAAGAAAUGUCAAUUUAUGGAGUUGGUGGGAAAUAAAGCAAGAAUUCUUAUUAUGAGAGCCAAGUAAUCAGUGGAAGAGAAUAGAACUCAUAACUGGAUUAUCGCCUUAGCAACUUAGAGUCAUUGAAAUAGAAAAAAAAAAACCACAUUUAAUUUGGACUGUUUCUGGAUUUGUUAACAUAUACACACUGUCUAUUUUUUGUAUAGUAUUGGAAAAUAAUAAAAAUUCUAUAAUUUGG